CUUGCUUAUAAUGCCAUCCCACAUCCAUCUCGCCAGAUAAUCUCCAUUAAAGCAGAGAUAUUAACAGAGAGAGAGAGAGAGAGAGAGAGAGAGAGAGAUGGCGACGAAUGCGGAAACGACGACGAAGACAACAUCGAACAAUGGGGAAGAACAACAACAGCAAUCUCAGGCUCUCAGACACCAAGAAGUCGGACACAAGAGUCUUCUGCAGAGCGAUGCUCUGUAUCAGUAUAUACUGGAGACAAGUGUGUAUCCGAGAGAGCCAGAGUCGAUGAAGGAGCUCAGGGAAGUGACAGCGAAACACCCCUGGAACAUAAUGACAACAUCUGCAGACGAGGGGCAGUUCCUGAACAUGUUGAUAAAGCUGAUCAACGCGAAGAACACGAUGGAGAUCGGCGUUUACACUGGCUACUCUCUCCUCGCCACCGCUCUCGCCCUCCCCGACGACGGCAAAAUUUUGGCAAUGGAUAUUAACAGAGAGAAUUACGAGCUGGGUUUGCCAAUCAUUCAGAAAGCCGGAGUUGCCCACAAGAUCGAUUUCAGGGAAGGCCCUGCUCUCCCCUUUCUCGAUCAACUCGUUGCUGACGAGAAGAACCAUGGAAGCUAUGACUUUAUAUUCGUUGACGCGGACAAGGACAACUACUGGAACUACCACAAGCGGCUGAUCGACCUCGUGAAGGUAGGGGGAGUGAUCGGCUACGACAACACCUUGUGGAACGGCUCCGUCGUGGCGCCUCCCGACGCUCCUAUGAGGAAAUACGUCCGUUACUACAGAGACUUCGUGAUCGAGCUCAACAAGUCCCUCGCUGCUGACCCUCGGAUCGAGAUCUGUAUGCUCCCCGUUGGCGAUGGCAUCACUCUCUGCCGUCGGAUCAACUGACUCUCCUUCUCUUCCCUCUGUGCCUCGUCACACCUGAUUAUCGCUCCCCCCACCCUUCUCCCGUGCUCCACCUAAUAAAAAAAAGUUCUUUUAAUUGAUAUUUUCAUGUUUUUUUUUCCUGAACAAAUUAAGAAAUAUUUGCCUUUGGUUGAUUUCGAUAUAUAAGAGAGUUUAUCAUAUUUUUGUGGAUA